CCUAAACAUCGUCUUGCACCCAUCAGCUGCGGUCAUCAAUUCACAACUGAAGAUAAAAGUGAAAUCUUGCCUUAUCCUAAUCAAGAACGAGGCAAUCAUGGCACCGACACCUAGUGAGAGGGCGCAAGCCAAGUUCUUCGCCGUCCUCGAGGACCCCCGAAGAUACGACUCAACAAACUUCAAGAACAGAGUCAUGAUAACGCGAACACCUUCCGGAGGUUCCGAGUUGACCAACGUUGUCAGCCAUCCGCCGCCGCGCCGGGCAAGCUCGAGCAGCCAAGGCUCUGUCGACGACCAUCACCGCAUUAGGAAUAGGAUCAAGAACUGGAUAUAUCGUCCGGCGAUUUGAUUCAUGUUAAUCAUUGCAUCGUAAGGGCUAUUAGUCACAAAAUUGUGCACACACAAGAAUUGUCUCUCGCAGUAGUCCUCUAGGAGCUCCCAAGACUUCCUAGUUUUGCGGCUGCUACCGGUUUCCGACGAUAUAGUUUUUUAGUUUUUCUUUUUUCUUUCUUUAAUGGAACUGAGGUUCUUCUCAGAGUGUUUUCAAUACGACAUCGAGAAAUCAUUCGUACUCUGUCC